AUGCCCCCAAACAACAAGCCUUCUCGCCGACCAGCAAAGAGAAAAGCAGACCCCGGGUCAGACGGAGCGGAACGAGGACGCAAGAGAGCCCAGAACCGCAUCUCUCAGCAGUGCCUCCGCGAGAAGAAUCUUGCCCAUGUGCGCAGUCUCGAGGAGACAGUUGCCCUGCUGCAGCAGGCGGUUGCAUCCGGAGACCAGGGCAGUCGUUAUGCAAAUUUGCUUGAGACCCAUCUCAAGCUGAUGGAGGAGAACAGGCGGCUACAAGAUGCCCUUCUCCGGCUGCGAAAAAAGCUACUGAGCUUGAGUAACGCCGCUUCGGCCGCAGCAGGCAAGUUUCCUCGCCACCAUCACUAUGAUGAGGUGUUCGACACGGUACUCGGGGGAUCCCAAGACACAGCCACGCCUCCUGCCGAUGAGGGAGGACAUCGCGACUCGUCAGGCUCACCAUCGGCAGAAGUAGAGCCACUAGGUCACCAAAGUCCCAACACUGAACUUUCUACUGGCAGUGCGACUGCACAGACUCAAAGGGCGGCUGAUCCAGGUGUAUCGAACCUCCAGCUUUUGCAGAACGACCCCCUCGAGAGCUACUCAGAUUUUUUAAACGUCUGUACCAGCACCUGGCCAGUGAAUGAGCAUGAUGAGGCAGAAUUGACAAUGCCCUUACCAACAUGGAUGCUUUCUCAUGACCAUAUUGUCAUAACAUCCAUAGCCCUCUUUGGAUCUAAACUCCUUGACGCUUGCGACAAGUAUAUAAAGAGGAAAUCAACAUCUACACUACCAAACCAGGUCAAUGAGUGGAACCAGAAGGUCGUCCGCGUUGCGAUAGAAUUUGGGACUCGCUGCAUGGGUCUAGGGUCAUAUGUCUAUGGUGUGAACGGAGCUAGGUAUAUGGAAAAAGUCCUGAGUUGGCGGCUUGGUCUCGAACCCAAGGACAAGGUGCCAGCGCCAUUCCGCCCAACACCACUACAAUCCAGAGAGCCUACCCAUUUCUGGGGCCUUGACCUCUUCAACUGGCCUGAGCUACGAGAUCAGUUGGUACUGGAUCAUGAGUUGGUUGACUUAGAUACAUUGACAAAAGAUCUCGUUCUCAACUCUGUUGUCGAGCAGCCACAACGGGGGGUAGCCGUUAAUGUUCUGGACAUUUUCGAGAAUCAGAUCCUUCGCCGGGACAAGUCUGGCUGUGCACAAAGCGGUACUUGCCGGAACUACCUUACUGAUGCCUCUUGGGUCCUGUUUGAGGUUGGCCCCGAAAUGCAGAGCGUGUACGGGUCUGUGGCAGACCCAGUGGAAGAGGCGAUCAUCGCAGAACUUGAUCGGCGGAUGCUGAAUGAAGAGGCUACGCCCCGAGGUUGCAGCAAAAGCUCGCUUCCAUCACCUGAGAGUUACCCCGGAACUGACGUAGCACAUUUUCUGGGCAUCGACAAUUUUUUGGGAUGGAAGAUUAGUCAGGAGUUUGCCAACAAGUACCCUUUCCUAGACUGCUCUACAGGUAGGUUUCGCAACCACUUUAUCGCCUCCUAG